AUGCCUCGCGUGCGGCCCAUUUACUCCGAGUUCUUCUUCGGUCCCCUGACGGAAGACGUGGAGGAGCUCCUGGCCCGCUUCCAGCAGACCGACUCCGUCAGGUUCGAGGACUUCUCCGCCGUCUGGAGGGAGAUGGGCUUCUCGGACGUGUUCAGGGGCAUGCCGAGCGUGUCGGAAACGAAGCGAUUCAGCAGGGUGGCGCUGGCCACCGCCGUGAAGUUCUUCCUGCCUCCGUACAGCUACCAGAUCCGAGUGGGAGGCUUGUAUCUGAUGUUCGGGUUGUACCACGCGCAACUCGCCAGCCCGCACCAGAAGAUCAGACUCGCCCUGAGGGACUGGGCCGUGGUCCAGAAGUUCCUCCGGGACUCCGCGGAUUCCGGGCACCAAGACGUCCUUUACGUUUUCCAUAAACUCGUCGCGGCCAAAGCCAUCCACUACGCCGCCAUGUCGCACUUCCUGUCCUUCCGGAAGCAGAAGAAGAAGACUAUUGAGCCCGUGUGCGCCGGGUUCCUCGGGAGGACCACGGGCGUCCUGGAGUUCUCCUCCGCGGACGUCCUGGAGGAGUUGGCCAACAUCCAGAGCCGGUAUGAGGAGCUGAAGGAGGCCACGGCGGAGGUCAGCCGCGAGGUCACCGUCACUAACCGGGACUUCUGCGCGCGCCUGAACGACGUCGCGUCGGAGUUCCUCGCGUGGCAGCAGAGGACGUUCUCGCAGCACGACGACGAGGACGGAGAGGAGAAGCCGAGCGAAGCGGAGUACAGCAGCAACAGGGCCCGGCUCCUGUCCUCCAUCAAGCAGAAGAGCUACGGCAACUUCCGGGACGCGUCCAAGUCCGGCGUGCAUCGGCAGGCCGAGGCGGCGGCGGAGUCCUCCAGCUCCGGGGCCGAGCAGGGACCGGAGGUGUUGGCGACCCUGCAUCGGCAGAGGCCCCCGUCGCUGAGGGCUCGGACCCGGAAGAGUCUCGGGGUGACGCUGGAGGAGCGCAAGCUCAAGGCCUGGCUCCUGAGUGUCCCCGAGGAGCAGGAGAGGUCGCCGGGGAGGAGGUCCAGCCAUGCGGCAGCAUCCUUCCAGCGGUGA